GUCGCAUUUCAUCUAUGAUCGCGCACUGUUACUUGUCACGUUACCGAUCGAGUUUUCAAUCAGUUUCGGUCUCUUUUCCAAUGUGUCGAGUGCGGUGUCAAGCUCCCGGUGUUGGUAACUCACUGCAAACAGUACAAACUGCAAUUGCAAUUUGCAAUUGGCGGCUAUAAUAUUAGCAGUGUCUGCUGUGGUCAGUCGGAUUGUCAGAUAGUCAGAUGACGUGAUAUGCCGUGUGUCGUGCAAACCGUGGAGGAUCUAUUGCAGGUGUAUUUACAGCAACGUGAGAGAGAAUAUUCUUCUGUCCGUCGUACUAAUCGAUGAGGCGCAUUCGUACCGUGUCAAGCUUGGAAGUCUUCCGUCGAGAUACCGUGUCACGUUUACGAUGUAGACAUCAUCCGUCGUGUCCGUGAUAAGGAGUGAGCCUCGGACUUGAAAGAUCAAGUUUAUUUCUUCGUAUAUACAUGUGACACAUGUCGAAAACGAAACGCUGUCUGUGCGACGUGGAAAUUAUAUUCUGUCUCUUUCUUUCUUUCCGCCGUGCUCUGUCUCUAAUUUAUCCUACCCUUUCCUCUUCUUCAUAACGGCACGUCUUAUUUUAUAUAUGAUCCUUUCGUUUUUUUUUUUCUUUCGCCGUGAUUAUAAUUUUCUUUCUUUCUAAUCUCUUUGCGCCACAUACGACUCGCCGGUGUUUCUCGAUUUUUUUUUGUAUUUAAUUGUGUAUAAGUAUACAAAAACAGAGUGCUACUCCGAUAAAUACGUGGACGACAAGAAUAACCAUCACCAGCAUUGAUGAUGCUGGUUAUGCGACACGCUUAAGGAAAUGUGUCUUGGCGCCAGCCACGAGUCACGAAAGAUUUAGAAAGUGCUUCAAAGAUUAGAAAUAUUUCAAAAUUCUUUCAAUCAUGCCGAUGGAAUUUUUAGACCGAUUACCGGUUCCGAACCUCCGGUUAUACACCACGAUAAGCUUCGCCAUAUUAUCCUGCUCUAUAUAUUAUGCCACUCAAAUAAUCAAGGAUCCUUCUUGGAGAACGAAUCAUACGCACAUCGAUGCUAUAACCAGAGAUGAAACUAAUCCAACGGAUCCGAGAAGUCUUGGCAUGCAUUUCAAAGAACUUCUAGAAUGUAUGGUGGAUGAACCUGUCUGCAUUUGGACUUUAAUCAACAUGGCUUACUGUGUAUUAAUUCUUCUUGGCAAAUCUAUUCAAAAGCUCGUAUUUGGUGAACUACGUGUUUCGGAAAGACAACAUCUGAAGGACAAAUUUUGGAAUUUUGUUUUUUACAAAUUUAUUUUUGUUUUUGGCGUUUUGAAUGUACAAUAUAUGGACGAAGUUGUACUCUGGUGGGCAUGGUUUACGGCACUUGGUUUUCUGAGUCUUCUUAGUCAACUCUGUAAGGACCGGUUUGAAUACCUAUCCUUUUCACCUACUACACCAGGAUGGAGUCAUGCACGACUUCUCGGAUUGUUGGCUGCAAUUCUUGCACUAUCUUCCUUCAUGCUUCUGUUGUCCACUGCUGCAGCUUUUUUCAUCAUAUCUUUCAACACUUUUGCUUUUAUGGCAGCUGAGUGCAUCUUGCUUGGAGUACGUACUAUUCAUGUGAUGAUACGUUACGUGAUUCAUUUAUAUGAUACACGUGGCGCUGGUACUUCGGCUCAACGCUCUUGGGACAAACGUGGUCCUUUGACUUACUACACAGAUUUGAUUUCGGAAUUGAUUGUGUUGGCAGUCGAUUUUCUUCAUCACAGUCACAUGCUUUUGUGGAGUAACAUCUUUCUGAGUAUGGCAUCGCUAGUAAUUUGCAUGCAACUGAGAUAUCUAUUUUAUGAGAUACAACGCAGAAUCACGAAGCACAGGAACUAUUUAGCUGUAUUAAAUCAUAUGGAGCAAAAUUAUCCAAUGGCUUCACAAGAUGAAUUAUCUGAAAAUUCUGAUAAUUGCGCAAUAUGUUGGGAAAAGAUGGAAAGUGCUCGUAAGUUACCCUGCGCCCACUUGUUUCACAACACAUGCUUACAAUCUUGGUUAGAACAGGACACAUCGUGUCCUACUUGUCGAUUGGCCUUGAGUAUGCAGGCAAAUCACAGAGAGAAUGCUCCAGAAAUACCACCUGAGCCACAGACACCUACGAGAAGAAAUGGCAAUCAUUUCUUUCUCUUCCUCGAUGGCUCAAGAUAUGUAUCUUGGUUGCCCAGUUUUUCUGUCGAAGUCUCACAUAAUAGGCUACGUGGUAACAUCUCUACAUUGGCACAUACUAAUUCUCAGAUGGAUGCUAUGGCAAGACAGGUUCAACAACUUUUCCCUCAUUAUCCUCGCAAUGUGAUUCUGGAAGAUCUUAGAAUGACCCGAUCAAUUGAAUGGACAGUUGAAAAUAUACUUGAUGGAGUAUUAACUGUACCACAUCAUUUAAUCGAAGAACCACAAGCGGAAUCCGUCCCACAAACGCAAACGAGCAUGACAAAUAUUAUGCCCAGUUCUUCGGUCCAAAAUUCAUUGGACCCCAGAUUCGAUAUUCCAUUUGCUGAUAGCGGAGAAGAACCUUCAAAUCUUGGUGGACGUUUCUCGAAAUCAUCUGCUGAGAGAGAACUUAUACUUCAACGGCGAAAAGAGCAUAUGCGAUUAACAGCACGCAGAAGAUAUCUAGAAAAGCAUCGGAAAUCCGAAAUUGAGUCGACAAAUUCAUAGAUAAUGAAUACCGAAAAUGUUAUAUCUUAGAUAUAAUAUACAGCUAUAAGACUUAAUAUUAUUUUGAAUUUAGUUCAGAGUUUCUUAUAACUGAUGUAAAAUUGGUAGACUGCUAUUUCUUUUUUUUGAAUAUGACACAAGAUUGUAGAUAACAUAUGUAUUCUUUGCUGAUGACUGAUCAUUAAAUACAGCAAGGAUAUGUCAAAAAAUUUUUUGCGUGUUUAAGAGUUAAUGUUUUCAAAGUUCUGAAACAACAGCAAAUUAAAAUCACAGUCAAGAGAUUAGGCAUGACAAUUUUGUCAGGAAGGUUUUAUCGAAAGGUUGUGAAUGAUAUACUCAUGAUGAUUAUUAGAGCAUUGUGCUUACCACUCAAUGCCAUUGAAUAAUGAUAAAAUCUGCAAUGAGUCAAAUAAAGUAUACUAAAAGAUGAAAGAUUAAAAUUUUUACGCAAUCUUACUUAAACACUAAUACACCAUUGGUAAAUGCUUACUAAUGCCUAUUGCAAUGUAUAAUAUAUACAGUUUAGGAAAUAAAUUGUUAGAAGAUACAGUUAAUCUUACUAAGAGCUCUUUGAUAAAGCUUAUAAAUUGCAUUGUCGUCCAAUUUUGAACAGAUUAAAAUCUUUAUUUUAAAUCAUCUUAUUUUUCUUGUACAAUACUCUUUAUAUAAUUUUUAAGAUAAUAGUAAAAAGAAAUAAUUUAUAUAUACGAAUACAUCAGAGUAUAGAUAUUCUUUAAUUAAAAUGUAAUAAUUAUACCAAAUCUUAUAAUUUAAUAUAUGUAUUUAGUGUGCCAUAAGUGAAUUAAAGUGUGAGAUGUGCCAAUAAUAAGCAUUGAUUUAGUUAUACUUAGAACUUUAACAAUUGUUUGAAAAAGAAAAAGGAAUCUAUCAUAACCUGUAUACACAUAUGUGUCAUGACACACACCACACUUACUCACAAACACACAUACAUAUGAAGAAUAGUUUUUAGUUUUUAGAAUAGUUUUAAUCAAUAUUGAUUUUAUAUUAUCGUUAUAACAAUAUUUGAAAUAUUAUUCCAAUAGUAUACAUCAUCAAAGUUAUUAAGUUAUAGUUGUUAUAUGGGCAAAUAUAAAUUCGCACGAUGUCAAUAACAAAAAAUGAAUAAAAAAUUUAUUAUUUUAUUUAAGAUAACUAAAAACUAUUCUUCAUUGCUCUCGUGUGUUGAAUAGAAUAUUUAUUUCAAUUGAAAAAGUAUUGUAAAACUUUAUCAAUUUCUGAGUUCUAAUAAUAAGUAACUUCUAUUGUAUUUGGGUAUUAUUCUUAAUUUUAUUAACGUAUACACACACACACACACACACACACACAUACACGUGUUUUCGAUCAAAAAAACUGUAUAUAUAUAAAAUUUUAAUGAGUUUUAUGAAGUAUUCGUAUAUUUUAUGACUUAUUAAUUAUGCAAAUACUAUUAAUAUCUAGAAUUUUUUCCUUUCUCAGUUUUUAACUUGUGAUAAUAUGAUAGAAUUUGACACAAAGAUUUAUAUAUAUUCACCUACAUACGCAUUCACAAUUUAUAUUCAAAAAUAUUUAUAGGAUAUAAAUAUGUAGUGUUUUACAACUCGCAAUCAUAAUUUUAAUAAGAGAUUCUCUGAAAUUCCCAAUAUUGUAUCUUCAUAAAUUAAUUUUGUAAAUUAAAGCUUUAUCUCUUAAAAUAUAUUUAAAAUUAAUUAAAUAUGAAUAUUUUAUUAUUUAUUCAUUUCACUAAAGUUUGUGAAAAGUUCUUUUUUAUUAAUUUAUAAUUUAUAAAUUAUAAAUGAUUUAACAUUUUGCGAAAAUCGAAAUUCAUCAGGGUAUCUUUUAAAAUUAAGAUUGCAAAUUAUGGGUCAUUUUAUCUACAUAAUAUUCGCACAUCAUAAAAAUUAGUGCAAAUCUGCAUCUAACAAAUGCAAAAAAAAAAAAGAAAUUAUUUUAUUAAUAUCAGCGUGGACAACAUUUAUUAUUGUACUAGAACUUUAUAUGUAUUCUUAUCAAGUUAUUUAUUUUAUCAAUCUUUAGGUUGCAUACAUAGAAGUAGGAAAUAAGUUGUAAACCAUUGUAAGAUAAGUUUUGUUUGAGGCAACUUUUUGCAUAUAAAAAGCAUAUAUAACAUAUUAUUGUAUAAAGUUUAUUAUUUUUGUUAUAACUCUCUUAUAAUAUUAUAUUAAUAAUAGAGAGUUAAUGCUUCUCCCAAUAUAUUUAAAUUACUAUAUUUCAUAUAUAAGCAAAUCUCUUAUUAAAAUAAAAAAAUUAAAUUUAUUUUUGUUAUUUGCCUCAAUGUGUAAAUAAAAUAUAUGGAAAAUUAGAAAUGAAUAUUUUCAUAACUAUUUCAUAAGAAGCUUAAUUGAAUUAUAUUAUUUCUAAGGGAUAUAGCAUCUAGCUAGAUAAGGAAGGGUACUAAGUUAAAAAACAGUCCAAUAAUGCUUAGGUCUCUUUAAAAAAGUUACAUCUAAUAGAUUAUGAAUUUUUCCUUAGGAUUUUUGUAAAUAUGAGCAUAAGAGGUGUCCUAUAUCUUCUCUAUAGUAAUGUAAUAUUUAUCUUUCACUUGGCAUUGUACACAAAAUAAUAAGAUAAAUAAAGAUCAUUAUAGAUUAUUGUA